GAAAAUAUCUAAUUUAAUAUUAAGCCUAUAAAUACAAAUCAAUUUGACACUUAUAACUGGAGUUAUCUCGCAACUUUGAAAUCUGUAUGCAUUAAAAACGGCAAAAGAGUCGUUAUCAAAGAAAUACACUUUUAUUUUGGUUAUGUACAUUUGUACAAAUAAUGCCGUCAGACGAAAAGUACUUAAGCAUCUUGUUUUUAUGCAAAUCUGCCUGACAUGCAUGCUUAUGCGAAUUAUUUUCCAUGAAUCUGAAAUUGAGACAGAAGAUUUUUUGCAAAGUUCAAAUCCCGUUCUACAUCUUCGUACGAAGGAGUUUCGUCGAGUUUGUGGCUCACUCCUCCGGAGUUUGCUGUUGCAGAGUUUAGCUGCAAUUUUAUCGUCGACCUGACUGUAUGUGACUGUUCGAUUCGUGUAUGUAUGACAUGUACCACAAUUCAAAAUACUUGACCCCUUGAUGCAAAAUAUUUUUAAGAUGUCCUUACUACUUGAUUUGUUCCUAAUUCGUGCGUGUGAUGUAUUUAGUUUGACUUAUGGACCUAAGUUGAAAGGUGGAACAAAACUAGUGGAUUACACAUGCAUAGCCGUGCGAAUUUAGCUCAAGCUACAUAUAGCAAGCACAUACGUACUUUUACUUCUGUGUAGAGAUGCUAAAGAUUUUACCCGGAAAGUAUUUAGAACUUUCUCCGACAAGGAACGAGCAGGAAAGUUAUCCUCAUCUGAUCACCGUCAUUUUGACACUCGAGUAAAUUUUUUUUAGAAAAGAAAACUUCGUGUUGAGCCCAUUAACAUUUCAUAAAACUAGAAUAAAUCCAAAACACAUAUCAAAAUGGCAGCAGAAUCUGAGGAAUGGACUGAAUAUUUUUUUGAGCAAAGGCAUGCUCAUCGAGUUAGAAAGUUGGAAAAAACACUAUUUCUUCCCACAAUUCUCAUUCAUGUGGCGAACGUUCUGUUUCUAAAAACUACAAAGUGGACGUCAAAUGACGCAGUUAGUAACGCAUCCCCGCACGCUCCUCGUUACAGUUUUACACGAUCCUCAUUUUCUGAUUCUGAUAUUAGUACAGAGUAUGAUAAUGACCCAGUUAUUUUCCUUUAUGUCCUGUACAUUUUUUCUGGAGGCAUAGCUCUGAUCUGUUUUUCUGUAACCAAACUAUUUUCACCGACGCUAAAUAAGGGUAUGAGUAACGAAGCUAUCACAAUUAUCAGGUGCCGAAAUGAAGCAACAGUCACGAUUUUUAUAAUGCUAAUUGUUCUCCCUGUCUUGUACAAAGUCCAUCCAACUUUUUCAAUUCUUCUCAUGAUAUUUCUGUUGUAUAAAUUAUACGUCGUGACAGUUUUCACAAAUUAUGUAAGGAUAUUAAAAGUACAAGGCACAUAUCAAUCCAACACGGAAACCACAUACCCAAUAGAUCGACCAGUCUCGAUGUCAACCUUUAUAAAUGUUGAGGAGGAUGAGGACGACGUCGACUGUGCGACAAUGGUACAGCAUUUCAACAACAACACACAACAAAGCAAUGCUGGAUGGAUUCCAAGGGGACGAUCGUCAGUAUUCAUGCAAAGUUAUGAUCCAAACACGCGUAAAAUUUCUUGGGAAGAUCCACCUCCGACUUAUGAACAAGCGACUAAUAUUAUUCUGUCGUAAAUUUCGGCGGAGUCAUAUUAGUAUUAAGGCUCGUAAUGUAUGCCCUUAGUAGAAAAGUACGAACUCGACUAAUUAAAUGGUGCUAUUCUUAUCUUAAAUUAAUCUGAUUUAUUAUUAUAUUUAUAUGUAUCUUACAUUAUACAUACUUAUAUUUUAUGAACCACAUUUAACUAUGAUAAAUAAUGGCCCUCCUCAGACACACGAAAAAAUCGUCGCUUCGAAUUUGGCUUUGUUUUUCGCUUAUCGAUAGCAUGGCAAAAAUUAUGAAAAUUGUAAAAUUUUGUUCUGACUUCAGCUAAGCGACCUUAACCCCACUUCUGAGUUGAGUUUCUGGUCGCUUACCCCAGAGCUCGCUUAUCAGGAAGUAAGCGAAAAACUAAGCGAAAUUCGAAGCGACGAUUUUUUCGUGUGUCUGAGGAGGGCCAAUAUAACAUUUCAGUAUUAUUAACGUGCAAAAUUUUACAGAAUUUACUGUAAUUACUUAUGAUUCAUUAAUAAUCGUGUAUGAUUCCUUAUGGGGUAAUAGAUACAUACGUAUUAUGUACACACAAGGUAUAAAAAGAUUGUGUUAGUUUAGUGUAUUAAAAGAUUAAUAAAACCUCCUAAGUUCAAGAUCUCUCGAA